GGAGAUAACUGAGUUCCGGGAAAGGGGUGUGAAUUUUUUUGUCUACCUUGAAAUGUGUGCAUUUGAGCAAGUUUAUUCGUGUUGUACCAGGAUCCACAAGAGUUUCAUAACAUAGUACAACCAUGAGUAGGUUAGGUGAAGCCGAAUUUGGAGUUUCAACAUUCUUUGCGGCAAGUCAUCCAAAUGACAAAUGUGGUGCCAAUGGCCUGCCGCUCACACCAAACUCCAUAAAAGUCCUUGGACGCUUCCAGUACCUAAAAACAUUUGAGCAUCCUGCUGUUUGCAAGUAUCUGGAUAUAGUUAAAACCAAAAAUGAGAGACUGAUUGUGGUAUCAGAACACUACACAGAAAAUUUGGCCAAAGUGUUCCAAACUGGGAAAUUUUCCAGUGAAGCCACCCUUUCGCCACUGAUAUUUGAAAUUCUACAAGGGUUGGAGUAUCUGAACGGUCGAGGUGUGACACACCGCAACCUUGCUCUACACAACAUCCUCUUUACCUCUCAAGGGAAGGUGAAGCUGUCAGAAUAUGGAAUGUACUACAUGACAGAUGCCAGCACAUCCGUGUCAUUCCCCAUCGGUCAGCUCAAAUACAUGGCCCCGGAGACACUGUGUGGAGGCCCCACAGAGACGGACGACACCUGUGAGACGAGUGUCCAGCCGCUGUCCUGCUUCAAGGUGGACACAUGGUCACUCGGCAUUAUCCUCAUGGAGGCCUUCACGGGAAAAGAGUUGUGGGAAAACUUACCAGUGGAACACAUUUUUCAGAAGGUGUUAAGGCUUCUAGAUUCCAACAUGGACCCUCUAGAUGUGAUAGCACAGGACCAGGGCAUAGAGAAAAAACUCCAUGAACUUUCCAAGGAUGGUUUAGACUUUCUUCGUCUGUGUUUGACACUGUUGCCAUCCAAACGACCAAGUCCAUCUGAUUUAAGAAAGCAUCCAUUCCUACGAGAUUUACGCUUGAAAGAGAUCCCGUACAAGAAUGGCUACUCUCUGUUCACUGCCAACCUGCGAUGUGCAGACCUGGAGUUGCCCGUGCUCAAUGAGGAUGGUAACAUGAAUGAUUUAUGUGACGACCAUUUGUCGGAGAGAAGCAUGGAGGAGGUUUACUACUUGUGGCGACUCGCAGGUGGCGACCUUGAGAUGGCGCUGCGGAAAGCCGGCCUCAUCAAGACCAACCCUCCCAUCACUUUACUGCCUUGUUAUGUUAGUCCCGAGGGGGAAGUGUACGGCCAGCCGAGGGACGACGCAGAACUUCUUGACAACACCAUCAUCAUCUUGUCACAGGAACAGCUCCGAAAUAGACUCAAGGACAUCGAGGAGACAGCCUAUUACCCCCUGCUGGAAGAUGAGUCAAGCACGACAUCUGCUGGGUUGCCGACGUCCCCAAGCAGCGGUGAUCUGACUGACACUGCCAGCCUCCCUCUCGUCAUCCGUGAGAAGGAUGUGGAGUAUCAGUUUCACCGCAUCAUCCUGUAUGAGAGGCUACUCAAAGCGUACCCGUACAAGCGGCCACACAUCUGGCAGGAAGCCCGGGUGGACAUCCCUCCCCUCGUCCGUGCUCACGUCUGGGCCGCUCUCCUGGAGGUGGAGGGUGACAUCGAGGCCCUGUAUGACUCCAUCGACAAAGAGACCCCGACAGCCACAGACAGACAGAUCGAGGUUGACAUUCCGCGCUGUCACCAGUACCAUGAACUCCUGUCGUCACCAGCAGCUCACACCAAGUUCCGCCGCAUCCUCAAGGCGUGGGUUGUUAGUCAUCCGGAGUAUGUCUACUGGCAGGGGCUGGACUCCCUGUGUGCCCCCUUCCUGGCCCUCAACUUCAACAAUGAAGCAUUAGCCUUCUCCUGCCUGUCUUCGUUCAUCCCCAAGUAUCUGCACAAGUUCUUCCUCAAGGACAACUCGGCUGUGAUUCAAGAGUACCUGGCCGUCUUCACCCAUCUCAUCUCAUUCCAUGACCCGGAGCUCGGCAACCACCUGGAUGGCAUCGGCUUUAUCCCUGAUCUGUAUGCCAUUCCUUGGUUCCUUACAAUGUAUGCCCAUGUAUUCCCACUUCACAAGAUCAUGCAUCUGUGGGACACGCUGUUGCUAGGCAACUCGUCACUUCCGCUAUGCAUUGGGGUAGCUAUCCUCCAGCAGCUGAGGGAUCGCCUUCUCUCAUUUGGGUUCAAUGAGUGCAUCCUGCUUUUUUCGGAUAUGCCAGAGAUUGACAUUGAGAGAUGUGUGAAAGAUUCAGUAAAGAUCUUCUGUACUACCCCAAAGAGUGCAACCUACCGCCACCAUGCACGGCCCGCGCGGACCAGGUCGUCCGACUCGCGUCCUAAACUGUCCUACUACAGUCAGGAUUACAACGAGUCACCACAGAAUGACCUGUCUAUGGAGGCACUGACUCUGGAGGAGUUGAAGUCGGAGAAGGCAUCACGGAUAUCGGCGGAGGACCUGAUAGAGCUGGGGGAGCUGAUGGGUUCCGCGCCGACACGCAGCCCCACCAAGAAGAAGCAGAACAGCAAGCCCAUGAUCCUGGUGGUGGAUGUGAGGAGUGUGGAGGAAUACAAGAGAGGGACCAUCCCAAACAGUGUCAACAUUCCCUUCCAUACAGCCUUCUCCCCUGAAGGUGACCUUGUCAUGUGCCCGGCCGUACAGGCCCUCAAUGCCAGCAGAGGUCAAGUCAGGGUCAUCAUUGGCAACAGAGGCAGAAAUGCAGCAAAUUUUGCUGCGGAGCUGAUUCGACUGGGCUACUCGCGGGUGUGUGUGCUGCACAAAGGUGUAGAUGUGUUCAGACAGACGGGGCUACUGACCGUCCCCCCAGCGGACUUGUGAACAGCUGUUCACGAACAGGAGUGGACGUUGGCAUUGUUUAACUAAGAUCAACUAUUCAUUGCAUCCAUUCUAGUACAUUUGUCGUGAAAGGUUUGCAGUCUUUCGUGAUAGUCAGGGGCGGUCGUUUGCCUAGUGGUUAAAGCGUUCGCUCGUCAUGCCGAAGACCCUGGUUUGAUUCCCGACAUUGGUACAAUGUGUGAAGCCCAUUUCUGUUGUCUCCCGCCGUGAUAUUGCUUGAAUAUUGCUAAAAGCGGCGUAAAACCAUACUCACUCACUCACUCACUCGUGAUGAUCAGGUUCAUUCAUGUAUACGGGGUGGUGGGGUGGCCUAGUGGUUGAAGUGUUUGCUCGUUACGCCAAAGCACCAAGUUUGAUUCCCCACAUUUCUGGUGUCCCGCCGUGAUAUUGCUGGAAUAUUGCUAAAAGUGGCGUAAAAUCCACCUCACUCGUUCUCUCGUGUACACGCUUCAUUGAUGUUCCAGACAGCAACAGACCCAUAUGUCCUGAACUGUCCAUGGCGUACAAAGGAUCUCACUGUUAUGACAUUGUAACGGUGGGCUUACUUGAGCUGACAUGUCAAAUCAGACAUGUCAGAUCCAAAUGUUUGCAAAUGUAUGCGCCAAUGACAUUGAAAAGGAAGGGUUAUAGUCCAUGCACUGCCCUUGUUUUGCUAAGAGAUUAAGGAGAGAUUCCAGCUAGUGAUUCACUUCAGCCCUUUCAUUUGAACUUUUCAACAAAUCAACAAAUUAUUCUGAAUACUGAAACUUUCCUGUUCCUAACCCAAAAUUGGUGUUGCAUGAAGGGCAGCAACACUCUAACUUUGAAAGUAUUGAAAUAUGGAUGGCUUUUUCUUCACCAUUUCCAAAUGUGCUUAUUAUGGCCUGUAAUCAUGACUGGUUUCAUUUGUGUUCAGCCCAGAUUGGCAUCUGGUGAUUAUGCAGGCACAUAAAAUAAGGCCCGGCAAGGAGACUGAGAUUUGAACUGCUAUUGCCCUUUAAGUUUUUGUUAACAAAUAAAUCAGUAACUCACAUGAUUAUCAUUCAUUAUCAGCAAUUUCCAAGAUGAGGCUACAAGAAAUUAUUAGAUUUUGAUCCACCGAAAAAAGUAAGGCAGGUUGCAUCAUUAUUGUUAUAUUUUAUGAUUCAUUUUCAAUACUAUAACUAUUCAAGGAAUAUGUGUACAUUUACUAUUGACAGAUGUGAUUCCCAUGAAGCAUGGGUCUUUUGUAUAUCAUCAAGAAAAGAAACAUCAUCAUCAGGGCGGCAUUGUUGAUGUCAUUUGAAUCAUAAUGUUGGAAUGAUGUCUCGCUAGAAACGAUUGUGGACGUCAUUCUACAGUUGUGGUUUCUUAGAUGGCAGUCACAAUCAGUGCACAUUUCUCAAGGAGAGCUUAAAAGGAUUAAGAAAUAAUGGGUAAUAAAGUCAUUAUUACACUGCAUGUGUAUCAUACUGAUUUUACGAAACUUGUGUAAGAAUUAAUGUAUUCCUCUCAAUCUCGCUCAGAAAAUACAGGGGCCAUGGUUGGCCCAGUCGUCUCAGGCGCUGCAAUUCGCUGUGCAGAGUUGCGUCCCUUGGGCAGGCCCGAAACCUAUGAUUGUGGGUUCGAAUCCUGGUUCGCCCUGAUUAUGUUUCUAGGUU